AGAACGCGCCGCCUCUUUUUUCGGACGCGUCGCCAUUUUGUGUCUCUCUCUCGGCGCCGCCGCCGCCGGCUGGCCUCUCACGGACACGCGGGCGCCGCCAUGGGCUUCGGAGACCUGAGAUGCGCGGUGGGGCUGAAGCUCCUCAACGAUUUCUUAGCCGACAAGAGCUACAUCGAGGGGUACGUCCCAUCCCAGGCUGACGUUGCCGUGUUUGAAGCAGUUGGAACUCCUCCUCCUCCUGAGCUAUUCCAUGCACUCAGGUGGUACAACCACAUUAAAUCUUACGACAAGCAAAAGACAAGCCUGCCUGGAGUGAAGAAGGCUUUGGGGAAAUACGGCCCUGCAGAUGUUGAAGAUGCCACCGGUACAGGUGGAGAUAGCAAAGAUGAUGACGACAUUGAUCUCUUCGGCUCAGACGAAGAAGAGGAGAGUGAAGAAGCGAAAAGGUUAAGGGAGGAGCGACUCGCCCAGUAUGAGUCAAAGAAAGCCAAAAAGCCAGCACUUGUUGCCAAGUCAUCUAUCUUGCUGGAUGUGAAACCUUGGGAUGAUGAGACGGACAUGGGCAAAUUGGAGGAGUGUGUGAGAAGCAUUCAAACAGAUGGCCUCGUCUGGGGAUCUUCAAAACUAGUUCCAGUUGGCUAUGGAAUCAAGAAGCUUCAAAUUCAGUGUGUAGUUGAAGAUGAUAAAGUUGGAACUGAUAUGCUUGAAGAAAAGAUCACUGCUUUUGAAGAUUAUGUACAAUCAAUGGACGUUGCUGCUUUCAACAAAAUCUAAUACCUGAUAGCCUCCAGAAUAAAAAUUGCAGAAGUUAA